AUGGUACGACCCAUAACAUGGUCACAGGCAGGGUCGUACUAAUUACCGACAAAAACCGAUAUUGAUUGCGCUGCAAGGAUUAAAGAGUAUCUUUGAUUCUCAAAAUACUUUGGUAAACGGCAUUUUCAUGAACGAUAGUCUCUUAAGCUUUGCCUUAAUAUAGAAGUUAAGGAUUGUUUUAUAUUUCCUGGCAGAAAUUUGAUUAUGCUGUUUGUAUUGCUGUAUUUUGUUUUAAUGUUUUGUUGUCAUGCUUCCUGCGUUCUUGUAAAUGUUACACGGAACAGACAAGAUAUUUUCUCCUACCCUGGUGUUUUUAAAGACUGCUCUGGUUUUUGCCAGAAAAGAAAGUCGCUUGUUUCUGCAGAUUUGACAAAUAUUGGCAUAUGUAUUUGUCAGUGUGGAAGCGAUUAUAGAACGUUCGUUACAGCCAAGUUGAUAUGUACGAAAGACAAAGAAAUACGUAAUACAAGUAAGUAUAAAAGGAUUUUGAGAGCUGUUCACAAAAAUAUGUGAUAGAAUUUUACAUAAUUUUCUUUUCAUUUGCACUUUAAAUAACAGUACUUCCUGCUAGGCUGGUAUAUAACUCCCUGACAGUAAUUUACUAUAAUUUUAUAUGUUUUGGCCUGCUUUGUACCCAAUUUGUUAGUCGUACUUUAAAUUUUAAUUGCAGAGGAGAAUUUGUUUCAUAAUUUAUAUAGCAAGGUAAGAUUUAACGGGUUCAUUUGGGUGUGAUAAACCUGCAUGGGCCGACUUCAAACCAACAUUUGUUUUGAAGUCUGCUGUAAAGGCUACAAUUGGGUAAAAAAUUGGCAUUAGCCAGAAUAAAAUGCUAAUUAUGCUCUUUAUUAGGUUGCUUUAAUUUCGUACAUGACACAUUGCUAUGACACACUUUUAGGGCAAACGUCUUUGGGAUUCAAGUUAUACAAAAAUGAACAGCCUGGUGGCCACCUGGAAAUCAUAUCAUUUCAUCCAGUUACAAUAAAGUUUCUCGCACCAAAGUUUUAUAAUGAAAUUUGUGACCUGAAUGAUAUUGAAGAGCUCAGUGAUGAACAUUUGUGGCAGUGGGAUUCUGUGAAAGAUCUAUUAUUAAAUUACAGCAUUAUUGAAAUUGAUGAUGAUGAUAUUGAGAGACGCUUCACAUGGCUUGAAAUGACAUAUGAAGGUUGGAUGAUGUUGAGAUUGAAUGUAAGUCUAUUGUAUGUUAUUAACUUAGUACAUUUUUAACCUCAGUGUUAAGCCUGUUUUCCACUAGGCGUAAUUUUGCGCGCGGAGCGAGACUGCUAUAUUGGAAUUGAAUAUGUGAUGUUUGAUAGAGACUAUAGUUGCAUUUUUUACAACUGCUCCCGUUCAGGUCUUAAAACCUUCAACAAAUAUCAUGCAUUGUCUUUUUCACAGUGGAGUGACAAUCCUUAUAGAUUUGUUGGUCGAAUAAUAAGGAUCAAUGUCACAUGUGAAAAUUCAAAUAAAAGACAGAAGAAAUAUAAGACUGGUGUAAUGGUUUUCAAAGUGAAUGGGGUUUUUGCAGGUAAAACAAUUUUUGUAUUAAAUGUUCAUAACUUGUUCCGAAGCCAUAACUUGUGUAGCUGUUCUGAUCAGAUGCAAGGAUUAUAAUUUUUAACUGAAAGAUUUUUAUUAAUGUUUGACGUUACUCCUUAGAUUUGAAAAGAUAUAGUUUAAUUAAGCCAUUGGUGGCACUGCACUCUCCCCUUGACAAGUAAAGUCGUCUGGCAUUAGGCAGUCAGUACUAAACAAUAAAGUAUGGCGCAUCAGGGCACAUUACCAUUUACCACUUAAAGGGUUAACAUGGUCUGGUUAACCCAUUGAGUGGCAGCCUUCUUCCCUUGAAGAGAAAAAUUGUCUGGCAUCAGGCAGGAUAAAAUAUUAAAAUAGGCUGCAUCCGGAUGCAUUGCCACUUGAAGGGUGAAAAUCAGUUUGGGGGAUCCAACCCCCAUUUCGAUCCUUUGGGCCUCACCACCAAAUGUAUUGUGUUGCUUAAUAAUGGAAUCCAACUUUAAUAUUUCAAAUAUGUAUUUAGUUCAAGAUGGUACCAUCCCAACAUCAACUGUGGCUCCUGUUGUGUCCACAACUUAUUACUUAACCCCUGCACCGUCCACUGAAUCUUCAGUAUUUGUGUACAGCACCACAUCAAUGAUACAACAAUGA